CCUGCCUGCAGAAUUUGAUUAGCAUCAAACAAGAUGGCGGUCGACAAGAAAGAUAAAUCACAGCUUCAUAAAGUAGCCUUGCGAGGCUCCUCGAAGUUGGUAGCCGAAUUUUUUGAAUACUCCAUCAAUACGAUUCUGUUUCAAAGAGGCGUGUAUCCUGCUGAGGAUUUUACACCUGUCAAGAAAUAUGGACUUAAUAUGCUCGUCUCCUCGGAUGAUCAAGUCAAGGCGUACAUCAAGAAAAUCAUGUCGCAGCUGAACAAGUGGAUGGUGGGCGGCAAGAUUUCCAAACUAGUGGUGGUUAUCACCAGCAAAGAGACUGGAGAACACGUUGAGCGGUGGCAAUUCGAUGUUCAGAUCAUGAGCAAGUCGUCAAACCACCGGGCGUCCAAGAAAGCUCGAGAUAAGGAGAACGCAGCCCCAGAGGACGCAACACCUGUUGAGGCCGAACCUGAGAAGACGGAGGCGCAGAUUCAAGAAGAAAUACAGGCUAUUUUCCGACAGAUCACGGCGUCAGUCACAUUCUUGCCUGUACUCGACGGCAACUGCACUUUCAAUGUUCUUGUAUACGCAGACGCAGAUUCUGACGUGCCUAUCGAAUGGGGUGACAGUGAUGCUAAAGAAAUUAAGAACGGCGAGAAGGUGCAGCUACGAAGUUUCAGCACCAGCAAUCACAAAGUUGAUACCAUGGUUAGCUAUCGUUUGGCAGAUUGAUGGAUCUAUGCCACAACAGCCUGAAGGAGCGAGGCGUUUCGGGGUUCACAACAGGGAUCGAUGGUUGGAUGGAUGUCAGCGGUAUCUCUUGCUGCUUCGAGGUUAGCAAUGAUAAUGACUCUCAUGACAGAUGUUCAUCUAUAGCUAGUGCUAUGAUAUUUUAGGAUAAGAAAAGACUUAUGCCUGUAGAAUGCC